AUGUGGCCGUUAUCACCGUUAUCAUUGUACAUCCUACCCUUCCUUCUGUCUCUUGUGUCUGCCGUCGUUCUACCCACAAGUCCCGCCAACUCCACUUGCAACCAGCAGUGCCAAAUCGACAAGAAUCUUGGCCCGGAGUUGUCGAGACACGCGUCGAUCGUGCAUACUACCUCCGCGAUUCCAAGAUGGAGCGAUUUUGACGCGCCAAAUCCCGGUACGGUUGUGAAUGUGGCAUCGGAACAUGAUGUGUUAUUGACAGUCAAAUAUUGUAUUGCACACAAUCUGCGCUUUCUGGCCCAGAAUGGCGGAAAUGCCUGGGGUACCACCUUCACCAUAGGACAGAAUGACGUGCUCAUCAACCUGAGAGGCAUUCGAAAAAUCCGAUUCAAUGCCAAUAAGACUCAGGUCACGUUCCAAGGAGGAGCUAUUGUAUCAGAGGUCGUGGAUGCCGCCUACGGAAACGGAACGCAAGUAUUGACAGGCAAUUGCAACUGCAUUGGGACACUUGGCGCAGCUCUUGGCGGCGGAUAUAGCCGUCUGAUGGGUUUGUAUGGAUUCGGGGUUGACAAUAUCCUCUCCAUGAAUCUUGUGACACCGUCCGGUACCGCUAUCGAGGUGGGGCCCAAGGAUACAGACCUCUGGUGGGCUCUUCGAGGCGCCGGUCCCAAUUUCGGCAUUGUCACCUCCGCAACGAUGAAGUCCUAUCCUGUCCCAACUGCGCAGAACGGUGCCUGGCUUGGCCCACUCAUCUUCACGGAAGACAAGAUCGAAGCGCUUGUCCAAGCCAUCAACGAUCUGGACCUUUUACCUCCCAUGGCCAUUUUUCUGUACUUUGCAACCUUGCCACCGAACAAUACGGCUACCGUCAUCGCAAUUCCAUUCUACCUUGGCAAUGAGACCCAGGGUAAAGCUGCCUUUGCUUCCAUUUCCGCCGUUGGUCCAGUUGCGGAUGAGACUGCCUGGAUACCUUACAACCUUAUCAAUGCAGGAAGCGACACUUUCUGCGCGAAGGGUGGCCGAAAACCUUCAUACGGUGCUGGCUUUGCGCAAAUGGAUCCUGCGACUUGGCGCUCAAUUUGGAAUGAAUACAAUACCUUCCUACAGAAUCCAGGUACGCAGAACACAAGUGUCUUGGUGGAGUGCUACUCGUUAUAUAAAGCCACGUCGUUCGGCAACGCAUCGUCCUCGUACGCAUUCCGUUCAUCAAUCAAGUACAAUGCCGUAGUCAAUACCUGGUAUGCGGAUCCGGCUUUGGAUUCCAGAGCGGAGGCAUUCGGCUCUGCGGUCCGAGAUCUAUGGCGGUCCACUGAUAAUUUGCCUUCAAAUGAGACCUACAUCAACUAUGCCAAUGGUGAUGAGCCUUUGGAAACCGUCUAUGGAGGGAACGUUGCAAGAUUGCAGAAGAUCAAGCGAGAACAUGAUCCGCGAGGACGGUUCAAUCAAUUCUUUCCCCUUACGUGA